ACCUGUGGUAACAUCGUCACAAUUUCUUGAUUACCUAAAUGUUGGGAUUAUGUUUGAUUUGCCCUGGAUAAAUAAAAUAGAAAUAUCUAACAUAAUGUUAAAGAGAGUUUUGGCGGAAUUUGACAAAUAAAUUUUUGUUAUUUAUUGAUAUAAUACAAUCAAAAUGAAUGAAAGGGAUAUACCAAGUGUCCCUAUUACAACAUUAGCAGGAGUAGCCAGCUUGACAGACCUUCUACCAGUGUUACCACUUCCAACACCUUUGCCAUCAACGUUAAAUAAUAAAUCUCAACUGUUUCAUCCAAGAGUUGCUGAAGAGGCUGCAAUAUUGCUAGCAACUCGUGAUGAUAACUUGGUGUCACUGCUCUUGCAAUCUCUUAUGCAAACCUCUGUACAGCACAUUGAUUUAAAAGAUGAGAGUAUACCAAAUGCAGUGAGUCCUGCUCCUCAACAAUCCACACCAGAAUUGCUGAAAGCGAUCUUAAAUGUUAAUCCUAAUGUGUUUGAUCAGCAGCAAAGAAAUCAUUGGGGCAACAACCAUUUACAUGCAGCAAAAUUUAAUGGCAUGUCGCCAUCUGAUUCAUACAACUAUGCCUCACACAACACUGUUAAUUCAAGUCCAUCAACACAUGGAACUACAGUGCACCAACCGACCAUUCCAAACCAGCAACUCCUGGCAACACCUUGUCAAUCAUCACCACAUGUCAAUAUGGGAUCCCCUCCCUCUCAGUCUAGACCUGGCAACCAAGUUAACAUCACUGAACAGAAUAAUGUAUCUCCUUUGUGGAACAGUGGGAAUUCCUCCAACACAUACACAAGUCCAUUAGCAAACACCAUGACCCCUAAUUCACAAAAUGGUGGAUUCUAUAAUAGUCUAACACAGGACUCCAGGAAUUUUGGGACAAAUUUGAACGAAGAUAAAGAUCCUCUUUCUAUGUCGCCUGGAAAUCAACCUGAUCAACAAAGACUGCACAUGCAAUCCCAAGAGAAGCCUUUUGAGCAAGAUGGGAACGUGGUCACCGGUCAGUCGCCGGCGCAGGCGAGCGUGGCUCCGUCGCCGCUGCGGCAAGAGCCGCACGUGCCGCAGCCGUCGAUGGGCGCGCCCUACGCGCCGCCCGCGCAGCCCGACAAGCAGGAGCCUAACAAGAGCACCGGCGCCAACAACAGAUACCCUGUGGUCAAGAUUGGAAGGCUUUCGGAGGGACUUUUGAAGAAGCAUGAACCACCUAGUGAUGAGAGAACUCGUAAAAAUAGUACACUCGAGUCGGACUCUGAUGAUAAUGCGCCACUAAAAGCUAAAUCGAGCAGUGCAACACCCACUGUAGACAAAGAGAGAGAAGCAAUAGAUAUAGCUAGAGAAAAAAAUUGGGAAGCAGUGAAAAGAAAACACGAAGAAGCCAGUAAGAAAGAAGAAGCUGAAGCUGCUAUUGUUCGCCCAAAAUUGCGUAAAGUCGAAAGAAGAUUAGUACCUGUACUAGAAAUGUUAUCUGUUGACGAAUUAAUGGAGACAAAUACGUAUCAGCGUUUUAAUAAAUUAAUCGAAACAGUAUUUGAAACUAUUGACGAUGACGUUAUCAUUACUGAUGAAAUGGAAGGGACAGAUAUCCCUGAAGAACUUUUACUACCGCGUUAUCAACUUCAAGAGCUGUGUUCUGAGGCAGCUAAACUAAAGAAUCUUGGUGCUAUGGAAGCAAUUCCUUCAGACAGAUUAGUUCGCUUACUGAAUAUAUUGGAGAAGAAUAUUAGAGCUGCGGAAAAAAUGUCGUUAGUUGGCGAUCCGGAUGACAGUGAAGAGAUGCGACAAAUAUGGAUAGAAUCAGCUCAAGAGAGAGUUAUGUGCGCAUCGGACGCGUGUCUGACUUCUUUAUACAUAAUGACCUCACCGAGUAUGCCUAAGCGCGUUUUUCUAGAAGAUGUUAUAGAUAGAAUCAUUAUGUUCAUUAAAUUUCAACUCAAUAACACAAUAUACUGUGUGUACGAUCCUGUAUAUAGCAUCCAGACCACCUCCAAAAAGAAAGUGGACGGUCGGAAGAGGCGGGGCGGGGGCGCGGGCAACGCGACGCGGCGCGGCGGCGGCGGCGGCGGCGGCUCCACGCGCGCGGUUCGCGAGUUGUACACUCACGCGCACGAGUGCGUGACGUUGUUGGCUGAGCUACUGGCGGCGCAUCACCUCACCGACACUACGGUGCUGCACGCGUCUACAGUGGGCGUGUCGCCGUUCUUCGUGGAGAACGUCAGCGAGCUGCAGCUGUCGGCGCUGAAACUCGUCACUACGGUGAGUUUGUGCUACGAAGUGUACGAGUGCGUCACGCUACUAGCUGAGCUGCUGGCGGCGCACCACCUCACCGACACCACGGUGCUGCACGCGUCUACAGUGGGCGUGUCGCCGUUCUUCGUGGAGAACGUCAGCGAGCUGCAGCUGUCGGCGCUGAAACUCGUCACUACGGUGAGUUUGUGCUACGAAGUGUACGAGUGCGUCACGCUACUAGCUGAGCUGCUGGCGGCGCACCACCUCACCGACACCACGGUGCUGCACGCGUCUACAGUGGGCGUGUCGCCGUUCUUCGUGGAGAACGUCAGCGAGCUGCAGCUGUCGGCGCUGAAGCUCGUCACUACGGUGAGUUUGUGCUACGUAGUGUACGAGUGCGUCACGCUACUAGCCGAGAUACUGGCGGCGCAUCACUUCACCGACACUACGGUGCUGCACGCGUCUACAGUGGGCGUGUCGCCGUUCUUCGUGGAGAACGUCAGCGAGCUGCAGCUGUCGGCGCUGAAACUCGUCACUACGGUGAGUUUGUGCUACGAAGUGUACGAGUGCGUCACGCUACUAGCUGAGCUGCUGGCGGCGCACCACCUCACCGACACCACGGUGCUGCACGCGUCUACAGUGGGCGUGUCGCCGUUCUUCGUGGAGAACGUCAGCGAGCUGCAGCUGUCGGCGCUGAAACUCGUCACUACGGUGAGUUUGUGCUACGAAGUGUACGAGUGCGUCACGCUACUAGCUGAGCUGCUGGCGGCGCACCACCUCACCGACACCACGGUGCUGCACGCGUCUACAGUGGGCGUGUCGCCGUUCUUCGUGGAGAACGUCAGCGAGCUGCAGCUGUCGGCGCUGAAGCUCGUCACUACGAUAUUCACCAAAUACGAGCAACACCGACGGCUUUUGUUAGAAGACAUACUGGCGUCGAUAGCUCGUAUACCUAGCUCGAAGCACAACUUACGAUCAUUCCAGUUGAGUUCAGAUCAACACAUACAAAUGCUCACGGCUCUCGUACUGCAGCUGGUGCAGUGUGUCGUCACCCUGCCGGAGUCCAUGUGCAAGUCUCAGGAUAAAGAUAAGGAACAUCCUGAAUCUGAGAGCAAGAAACACGUCGACAAAGAUCUACUCAUAAUUUCGAAGUAUGAAGCGGCGAUCAGUGUGGGCGGCACGUUCCUGACGUCGUUCCUCAACAAGUGCCGCAGCCGCUCCGAGGAGGUGGACUUCCGGCCCCUGUUCGAGAACUUCGUGCACGAUCUGCUCACCACCGUCAACAAACCAGAAUGGCCCGCUACUGAGUUGCUGCUCAGCCUUCUUGGAACUAUGCUAGUGAAAUACAUGUCGGACAAAUCCAUGGAGAUGCCGGUGCGCGUAGCGUCACUUGAGUACCUGGGGCUGGUGGCGGCGCGGCUGCGGCGCGACAGCGUGCACUCGCGCGCCAAGCUCGCCACCAUGGACGCCGUCGUGCGCGACAUCCGCGCCGAGGAGGAGAAGGACGGCAACCAGACGCAGGUAACUUGCAGUCUGCACCUUAUGGCGCAGGAGACAGGACCAGUAGUCCACUACAUAACGCUGCGGCGCGACAGCGUGCACUCGCGCGCCAAGCUCGCCACCAUGGACGCCGUCGUGCGCGACAUCCGCGCCGAGGAGGAGAAGGACGGCAACCAGACGCAGGUAACUUGCACUCUGCGCCUUAUGGCGCAGGAGACAGGACCAGUAGUCCACUACAUAACGCUGCGGCGCGACAGCGUGCACUCGCGCGCCAAGCUCGCCACCAUGGACGCCGUCGUGCGCGACAUCCGCGCCGAGGAGGAGAAAAGGACGGAGCCAGGACCAGUAGUCCACUACACAACGCUGCGGCGCGACAGCGUGCACUCGCGCGCCAAGCUCGCCACCAUGGACGCCGUCGUGCGCGACAUCCGCGCCGAGGAGGAGAAAAGGACGGAGCCAGGACCAGUAGUCCACUACACAACGCUGCGGCGCGACAGCGUGCACUCGCGCGCCAAGCUCGCCACCAUGGACGCCGUCGUGCGCGACAUCCGCGCCGAGGAGGAGAAGGACGGCAACCAGACGCAGAUCAUUCCUACAUCUGGUAGGCGGUCGUUGGACGCUUCGCGCGCCGGCGAUGCGUGGUCACAAGACUAUUCUGCCCUAGCUGCCGCCCGUUCGGGUAUUACGUCAGGACUCGAUGAAGACGAAGAAAGAACGGAAUUUUUACAACGAGUCUUACUUGAUUACCUCGCCAUCAACGGACAAAAGGACCAGGCAUGGAAUUGUGCGCGACAUUUCUACAUCACCCAGUGGUACAGAGACAUGGUUGUGCAACCUAAAAGUUCGUCUCCUACUAAAAGGCCGAAAAACAAAUCUAAAAAGCGCUACAAAGACGAAAGCAGCGAGGAAGAAUCUGAACCCGACGACGACAGCGACAAAGAAACCAAGGAGAAGAAACAAACUAUAAGCGCGGUUAUAUCGGCGGAGAAGUUCAAGACCAACGAGAGGCGGAAGCAUUUCUUUCUGGAGAAGAUUCGACCGUUCCGAUAUCAAGGCGGCACUCAAGUACAAGUGAUGCAGUCGUACAUAGACUACGGUGGUGCCGAGUUAAUAUCUCAAUAUCUCGCCUCGAAGAGGUCUUUUUCGCAAAGUUUCGAUAGAUAUCUGCGAAAGAUUCUAGUGAUAUUGUGCGAGAAUACGAUAGCGAUUCGGACUAAAGCUAUGAAAUGUUUAGCGAUGAUUGUGGAAGCGGACCCGGCGGUGCUGGCGAGGCCGGACAUGCAGAUCGGCGUCAACCGCUCGUUCCUCGACCAGUCCACCGCCGUGCGCGAAGCGGCCGUCGACCUCGUGGGCAAGUUCGUCCUCAGCCGCCCCGAUCUCAUUGACAAGUAUUAUGGAAUGCUCUCAAAUAGAAUUCUUGAUACGGGUGUGUCUGUUCGGAAACGUGUGAUAAAAAUCCUCAAAGACAUUUGUAUAGAGUGCCCCGAGUUUCCGAAAAUACCUGAAAUCUGCGUGAAGAUGAUCAGGCGAGUGAAUGAUGAGGAGGGCAUUAGGAAGUUAGUGAUGGAGGUGUUUCAAAACAUGUGGUUCAGUCCGUGCGCUAACUCGACACGGCUCGGCGCGCUCGAUAUGACCGCGGCCACCGCUGAUCCGCUGACCAGGAAAGUCCUCAACAUCACAGACGUCGUCAUAUCCUCAAGGGAUAUGGGCCUCGAGUGGUUCCAGCAGUUAUUGACGAGCUUAUUCAAGCCAAAAGAAGACAAGGAAGAUUCAACAAAAAUUAUUUAUCAACCUCCAAAGUCACUUUUGGUCGCGUGUCAACAAAUUGUGGACUGCUUGAUCGAAAAUUUACUACAGCUAGAAGAAUCGAGUGUUGAGGGUAAGGAAUAUAAAAUGAGAAUGUUAUUAAUUAAGCUGUAUAUGAAUCUAUAAACCAACCCAUUUUUUGUUUCAGGAUCUGCGUCAUCUCAACGCAUAUUAGCGUGCCUUUCAACUCUACAUUUAUUUGCAAAAAUUAGGCCUCAAUUGCUAGUUAAUCACGCGUUAACCUUGCAGCCGUACCUGAGUUUAAAAUGUCAGAAUCAAUAUGAGCAACAAAUAAUGUCGACUGUGGCGUCGACUCUCGAGUUGGUGGUACCGCUAAUGGAGCACCCUAGCGAGACGUUCCUCGCUCAACUGGAGGAGGACGCGGUGAAGCUGAUCCUGCAGCGCGGACAGCUCGUCAUCGCCUCGUGUAUAGCGCUGUUAGCGGCCAUCGUCAACAACCUGACGCACAAUUACAAGCUUAUUAGGGACGUUUUUAAUAAAUAUCACGGGGUGCUGCUACAGUGGAAGCACAGCUGGCAGCGCAACCCGGACGCGACGCGCGCGCACCACACGCGGCCGCACUUCCGCCGCGCGCUGUUCAUCGUGGGGCUGCUGCUGCGCUACUUCGAGUUCACCGAGGCCAGGGUCAUUGAGGGGCUGCCGAACGACAUAAAAGAGCAAGUGUUCUCCACAAUGAUGUUCUUCGUAAGCCUGGAAGACGAAGACUUCGUUUCGCACACGCUCAAAGCGCUCGGCUCGAUAUGCGUGCGGCACUACGAGUUUAUGCUGCGGCCGGAGCUCAAGGACUUCUACCAUCAGCUGCUGACGGCCGACCUCGCGCCCAUCGAGAUGAAGGCCGACGUGCUGAGGAAUAUUGAGAUGUACUUGCAGGAGGAGGAGCAGAGGAUGAUACGACAGGAUAAGGAAUGGUCAAAGCGAUCGAAGCACGAGAACCUCAAAGAGAUGGGCGACGUGUCGUCGGGCAUGGCGUCGACGGUGAUCCAGCUGUACCUGAAGGAGAUCCUGGGCUCGUUCCUGCACAACAGCACCGUGGUGCGCUCCAGCGCCAUGAAGGUCGUGCAGCUAGUUCUGGCUCAAGGCUUGGUGCACCCUGUACAGAUUGUUCCAUAUUUAAUAUGUAUGAGUACAGACAUAGAAGUUACCGUGUCACACACGGCAGAUAAGAAUCUUCAAGAUAUAGAUAAGAAAUAUCCUGGGUUUAUUCACAUGAAAGCGCAGCUGGGUAUCAAAUUAUCAUAUCAAUUGCAGAAAAUUCUACAAACGAAUAAGAAAAACGUUGUUAUUCGAGGAUUUAGGAAAAAAGAGCAAGAUGAUUUGCCUUCUGCGUUGAAUGGUUUUCUAUAUUCAUUACUGCGGAAUACGCGACCUCAAAGGAGAGCAUUAGUAUUGUCGUUAUUGAAACAAUUCGACGAUGUUUCCACUGCCCCCCUGGAUCAAAUGUUGUACCUGGCCGAUAACCUUAGUUACUUUCCAUAUCAAGUCCAAGACGAACCCUUGUUUAUAAUACAUCACAUCGAUAUAAUCAUCUCAACAUCAGGAUCAAAUCUACUGCAGCUUUUUCGUGAGGGCUUAAUAAAAACAAACACAGAAGAGAGGGAGCCACUAGACGAGGAAGAAGACGAAGAAGAAGCCGAGACGCUGAUGAGCCGACUGCCGGAGAGCACGCGGCCGCUGCGGGACGCCAUGCGCCAGGCGCGCGGCUGCCUGCUGCUGCUGGUGCUCAAGCAGCACCUCAAGCAGCUCUACGGGUUCACUGACGCUAAAAUAAACCAGUAUUCGCCGUCGGAGAGCGUGAAGGUGUACGAGAAGGCGGUGUCGCGGCGGCUGGCGCCGGUGUUCGAGCCCAAGGCCACCAUGGCGCAGCUGCGCGACGCCGACGACGACGACGAGCUCGACGAGCGCGGCCGACGCCGCCUCGUCGACGACUACUUAGAGUUCAAGCAGCUAAUGCUGAAGUUCGACCCCGAGGAGGAGGAGGACGAGGAGAGCCCGGCGGGCGCGGCGCCCAGCGCGGCCGACGCGCCGCCGCCGCCGCCGCCGCCCACGUAGCGCCCGGCCCCGCCCCGCAUGUACAGUACUUAGGACCCGCUCCGCCGCUCCGACCCGCUCGAUCGACCCGCGACCGGCGUCGGGCACACUUUGUUUUCCCCCAGAUAGUUCUAUGCUAGAGUUGCGUAUUAUUUAUUGCGAGCCGACGCCGGCGGAGCGGGCGGCGCCGGCCCGUGCGACCGCGACGCGCGCUCGUCGAUCUUAAAUUCUAUAAAUAAGUUAUAUUUGAGAAACAUGAUUUUGUUUUUAUAUUAAAGUCUUGUGUGUAGAUAAUUUUUAUGAAGAAUAUAAAAUAUAUGUACCUACUCUGUUUUGAAUUUUCCGAAUGCUAUCUUUCUGUUAUGCGUUGUUUGAUCGUAGAGCGUCGCGAUUCGAUCGAAGCGUAGAGCGAUGUGCCGAACGCGUGUAUGAUACUUGUGUGCGCGCCAGACUUGUCAGAUAUUCACGUAAAGUUUUGUACAUACUGGGAUCUAUGUAAAAUUAAAUAAUGAAUUAUUUAUGUUGACAUUAGAGGGUACUGCAAUAAACUGCAUUUCUUAUGAUUAAGAAAGAAUUAAAGUUACAAGGCUAGAUUUUUACAAAA